AUGAUCGACUUUAAACGCCUAUUUCAAUUUUGUAAAUUUGCAUUUGAUCACAGAAACUUUACAUCUAAUCCUGUACAUUCAAUCACUAUAAAUCAAGUAUUAAAUGCCAACAGAUUGUAUUACAAUGAAUUUACUAGUUAUGAGAUUUCUGAUCAUUUAUCAGUGAUAAAAGGUAUAUUUACGAAUUUAAUAAAAUGUGAUAAUGAUUUUAUUAAUGAUAUUAUUGUCAAAGAUAAGUAUAUCAACCACACAAUUGAUUUUGUUGCUAGAGGAAAUGAUUUUGAUUCAACGUGCCAGCUAAUUAAUUUAAUUUGUUCUUUCAAAAUUCCAAUUCAUGAUUCUACUUUUUUGAAUCUUUUUAACAAUCUAUUAUCCCAUUAUACAAUUCUAUCACCUACAUCUUCAUUUCAGAACAACAAAUUAUUCUGCGCAGUUAAUAAUGCUAUCAAACAUUGUAUCAAUACUAAUAAAUUUGGAAAAGGUGUUAUUUUACCAGUUGAAGAUAAAUUGUUGGAACAAAUAUAUUUUAAAUUAAAGCAAAUUAUCAGUACAUUAAAUGUGUUACACAUAAUACAUCAAUCCGUAAUAUAUGAUAUUGAUGACAUUUGCACUAAUCUAUUAUCAUCAAUCCACUUAUUGGUAAAAUUUGGAUUCGAUUUUGAUUAUACUUCUGUAGUUAACUUGUUUGUUUCUGAUGGAUUAACUCCUCUAUCAACAAACACUCUUAUUUCAAUAUUAUAUUCUUUAUUAGACAUCAAUAAGGAUUAUAAACAACUCUACGGUGAAAUAUGUAUAGCUCUAAACUACAGAUUGUUUGUUAUGGAUAAAUCUGAAGAGGAUCUUUUAUUGCAAAUACUUUAUAUGCAUAGGAUAACCCAGAAAUACCGUCAAAUUGAAUUUAUUGAUUCCAGAGUCAAAUUAUUACCUCAAAUUCUCAGGAGAAGAUUUGAACUAUAUAUGAAAUAUGAUACCAUUAAUAACUUGAUUAAUCCAUUAUCAGCUGUGACAACCCUUUUUGGAUACAAUAAAGUUAUUCGUAAAUUAAUACUGCCUAAAAUUAAUAAGCAAUCAUUAAUUAGCAUAUCUCCAAGCCAAUAUACCAAUUUGAUUAAGUCAUUGUGUAAGCUAAACUUGUCAUCAUCAAAUAAGAUAUUGUCAAUAAAUAUAGAGAACACAUUUACUAAACAAAUUAAUAACUCACAAAAUCUUCAGGAUACAUGCAAUAAUAUAGUUAAUGUUUCUAAAUUUUUACCCCAAAAAAAACGCAAGAUCUUACUUCACGGAGUAAAUGUAUUGUAUAAUCAGCUACCAAAUGCAACACUAAGUGCCUGUGAUAUAAAUAUGGUGUUUCUUGCAUUAGAUAAAAUUCCAAAUUAUGCUGGUAAUGAUACUGUUGUUUACAGCAUUUUGAAUGCAAUAAUUAAAUCUAAAUCUGGAAAUAUUACUAAUUAUAAUGUGUUAAGCAUGGUUAAUUGCAUGAUAGCCCUUAAAUGUAUAUCUACAUGUGAUACAUUGGAUAUAAAAUUAUCCGAGAUAAUUUAUAAGCAAGUCAUUAAGAAGGCUAGUAAUGGGUUGAACAAUAAACAAAUUAACUUAGUAUUGAAAUCAUUUCUCAAACACAAUAGAGUGUCGGAUGGAUUGUUAUGUAUUAUCGUUAAUGAUUUGGAGGAUAAUAGCGAUAAAUUGAAUGCCAAAAUAGCUAUUAAUUUGAUGAAAUUGCUCGACAUAGUUGAUAAGGAAUCUAAAGAACAAGUAGUACAGCUUGUUUCAAAUUAUUGCGAUAAAAAUGAUGUUAUUAUUAGCAAUAAUGACAUCAAAAUUCUGUCUAAUAUAUUAGAUGCAAAUAAUAUGGAUGGUAUUAAAACUAAAUUAUUAGUUUAA